AUGGCACCUCCUCGCUACGAAUCCGAAGAUGCUUCGGCUGCUCCUUUGGCCCAGCCUCUGGAGUUUGCUUUCGCCAACCGUUCGGCACCUAACAGAUUCCUCAAGGGAGCCAUGACUGAGCGUUUGUCAUCAUGGGACCCCGAGAACCUGCCUGCUCGUGGUGUGCCUUCUGAGCAACUCAUCAAUGCCUACAGAAGAUGGGGUGAGGGUGAGAUUGGUUUGAUCUUGUCUGGAAACAUUAUGUUCGAAUACGACCACCUCGAGGCUGCUGGCAACCCCAUCAUCCCUGUGGAUGCUCCUUACGAGGGCGAGCGCUUUGAGAACUUCAAGCGCAUGGCUACCGAGGGAAAGAAGAAUGGUAUGCUCAUGGUCGGCCAGGUCUCGCAUCCCGGCCGUAUUCAGAAGAACCCCAUUUCCGCCAGCGAUGUUCAGCUCAAGGGCGACGUUAUGGGUAUGACCUUCGAGAAGCCCCGCGCUGCCACCGAGCAAGACAUCGCCCGCAUCGUUGAGGGCUUUGCCCACGCUUGCGAGUACCUUGAGAAGGGUGGCUGGGACGGUGCUGAGCUUCACGGUGCCCACGGUUACCUCCUCGCCCAGUUCCUCUCCCCCACCACCAACCAGCGUACCGACAAGUACGGUGGCAGCCUCGAGAACCGCGCCCGCCUGAUCAUCGAGAUCGCCAACGAAGUCCGCAAGCGCACGUCGCCCAACUUCAUCCUCGGUAUCAAGUUGAACAGUGUCGAGUUCCAGGACAAGGGCUUCAACCCUGAGGAGGCCAAGGAGCUGUGCAAGAUGCUCGAGGACAACAAGUUCGACUUUGUCGAGUUGAGCGGUGGUACUUACGAGCACCUCGCUUUCGGCCACAAGCGCGAGAGCACAAAGAAGCGUGAGGGUUUCUUCAUGGAGUUCUCGGACUUGAUUGCUCCCGCCUUGACAAAGACCAAGGUCUACGUUACUGGUGGUUUCAAGAGUGUUGGUGCCAUGGCCAACUCGCUCAAGUCGAUUGACGGUGUCGGUCUUGCCCGUCCUUUGUGCCAGGAGCCUCGCCUCUGCAAGGACAUCAUCGCCGGUAAGGUCAAGGGUGCCAUCAAGCAGCGUCCUGACGACAACAACUUCGGCAUCACCAACGUUGUUGCCGGUACCCAGAUCCGCCAGAUUGCCAAGGACCAAGAGCCUAUUGACAUGAGUGAUGAGAAGAACGAGCAGGACUUCAUGAAGGACAUGGGCGAGUGGGCACAGAAGAUGGCACAGGACAGCAAGAUGGCCAACUAUGGUUACAUCGACCUCACAUCUGCUACCGCUCUUCCUUAUGGUGGUGCCUCUGUUUAA